AUGGGGAGAGGGAAGGUUGAACUGAAAAGAAUAGAGAACAAGAUCAAUAGGCAGGUGACAUUUUCAAAGAGAAGAAAUGGGCUUCUCAAGAAAGCUUAUGAGCUUUCUGUGCUUUGUGAUGCCGAGGUUGCCCUCAUCAUCUUCUCCAGCCGUGGAAAGCUAUACGAGUUCGGCAGUGCUGGGCACUUGCUUGGAGAAGAUCUUGGGCCACUAAAUGUGAAGGAGUUGGAGAAUCUUGAAAAACAACUCGAAGGAGCUCUUAAUCAAGCUAGGCAGAGGAAGACAAAGCUAAUGAUGGAGCAAAUGGAAGAUCUCCGCAGGAAGGAGCGGCAACUGGGAGAUAUGAACAAGCAGUUGAAGAUGAGGGUUUCCCUAGAAUUGUCAUCGCAUGAGACAGAAGGACAAGGUCUGAGAGGCUUUCCAUGCCAAUGGAAUGCAGCUGCAUCAGCUGGCAAUAGCACCUUUAUGGUCCAGCCUGGUUCAAAUCCAAUGGAAUUUCCAGAACCUGUACUGCAGAUGGGGUAUCAUCCCUAUAAUCUUGGAGAAGGGCCUUCUGUUUCUAGAACCAUGGCAGUUGACAGCUUUGAUCUGUUUUAA